ACUGCCGAUGGCGGGGCCCUGUCCCUGAAGGAAGCUCAGGCCGGGGACUAAGCGCAGUCCUGCAGCCGGUGCCAUGGAGCUGGAGGACGGCAUGGUGUACCAGGAGGAGCCGGGCAGCUCGGCUGUCAUGUCGGAGCGGGUGUCGGGCCUGGCCGGCUCCAUUUACCGCGAGUUCGAGCGGCUGAUCGCCCAGUAUGACGAGGAGGUGGUGAAGGAGCUGAUGCCGCUGGUGGUGGCCGUGCUGGAGAACCUGGACUCCGUGUUCGCAGACAACCAGGAGCACGAGGUGGAGCUGGAGCUCCUCAAAGAGGACAACGAGCAGCUCAUCACCCAGUACGAGCGGGAGAAGGCCCUCCGCAAACACGCCGAGGAGAAAUUUAUUGAGUUUGAAGAUUUACAAGAGCAGGAUAAGAAAGAGCUGCAAGUGCGCGUGGAAAACUUAGAGUCCCAAACUAGACAACUUGAACUUAAAGCGAAGAACUAUGCAGAUCAAAUUGGUCGUUUGGAGGAGAGGGAGGCGGAGCUUAAAAAGGAAUAUAAUUCGCUUCACCAGAGGCAUUCUGAGAUGAUUCACAAUUACAUGGAACACUUGGAGCGAACAAAACUCCAGCAGAUUAUCGGAGGGGACCAGCUGGAAUCCAGCAUGCACAGUAAAAUUAGAAAAGAGCGCCCCAUCUCUCUCGGAAUCUUUCCUUUGGCUUCUGGAGAUUCUUUGGUUUUACCAGAUGCACGUGGCGGUGAAACACCAGGAAAUGGACCGUGGAAACUUCAAGAACAAAACCAUGCAUGCUGUAAUACCAGUUUGAAGGAUGAAUUUUUAAACAUAAGCCAGGCAGGUCCCAAGACCGGCAGUACCGAUUCAGACAACAUGGUCCAUGCCGCCUCCAAGGCACAGAAAGAUGUCAUAAGGCAAGCCAAUGCAAAGAAUAACAAUUUGCCAAAUAACAAGAACAGCGAUGAUGUGCGUGUCACACAGGAGACCACCGCACCAUCGAUGGGUACCAAUAACAAUGAGGAGAAAUCUGAGGUUCAGUCAAUCAUUGAAUCGACACCAGAGCUGGACAUGGAUAAGGAACCCAAAGGAUUUCAGUUUUCCAGUACUCCAACAAAGGGCAUUGAAAACAAAGGGUUUGAUCGGAACACGGAAUCCUUAUUUGAGGAGCUUUCAUCAGCUGGAACAGACCUAAUCGGGGACGUUGAUGAAGGUGCAGAUCUGUUAGGAAUGGGGCGAGAAGUUGAAAAUCUUAUCCUAGAGAACUCACAGCUUCUAGAAACAAAAAAUGCUCUAAAUGUCGUGAAAAAUGAUUUGAUCGCAAAGUUGGAUGAGCUUGUGUGUGAGAAGCAGGUCUUAGAGGAAGAACUGUUGGUCAUAAAGCAGUCGAAAAACAAGCUUGAGGAAAGGAACAAGGAACUGGAAGAAGAGCUGAAGAAGGCAAGGGCAGAGACAGAAGAAGUGCGGCAACGGGGCAAAGACGAGGAAGAUAGCGAUGUCCCUACUGCUCAGAGGAAGAGGUUUACCCGGGUAGAAAUGGCUCGAGUGUUGAUGGAGAGAAACCAAUAUAAGGAAAGAUUGAUGGAGCUCCAGGAAGCCGUGCGAUGGACUGAAAUGAUAAGAGCAUCGAGGGAGAACCCAGCCAUGCAGGAGAAGAAGAGAUCGAGUAUCUGGCAAUUUUUUAGUCGAUUGUUCAGUUCGUCCGGCACUGCUUCCAAGAAGCCUGAUCUUCCUGUUAACGUGAAGUACAAUGCACCCACCUCACAUAUCACGCCAUCUGUCAAGAAGAAGAGCAGUGCCUUAUCUAAACUUCCCAGCGACAAAUCAAAAGCGUUUGACUUCCUUGACGAAACUGAUGCCUCUACAAACUCCCGGCGAGAACAGAAACGAGAGCAGUACCGUCAAGUGAAGGCACACGUGCAGAAAGAAGAUGGACGGGUUCAAGCCUUUGGCUGGAGUCUUCCUCAGAAGUAUAAACCGUUGGCGAAUGGAGGUCAGAGUGAGAAUAAAAUGAAAAAUCUCCCGGUUCCAGUUUAUUUAAGACCAUUGGACGAAAAGGAUAGCUCAAUGAAGCUGUGGUGUGCGGUUGGUGUUAACCUAUCUGGUGGAAAGACCAGAGAUGGCGGUUCAAUUAUUGGAGCCAGUGUGUUUUACAGUGAUGUAUCUGGAUCGGAAAUGGAAAGCCAUAAACUGCGCAGCGAAUCGCAGAGCAGUUUAGAGAAACUUGAACAGGAACUCAAAGUGCAACAGAAAGAGCUCAGACACCAGGAUGAAUUAUCAAGCCUUGUGUGGAUUUGCACGAGCACGCACUCGUCCACUAAAGUCAUUAUUGUAGAUGCCAACAAUCCGGGCAAUAUGUUAGAUAGCUUCACCGUAUGCAACUCCCAUGUUCUGUGUAUAGCGAGUGUUCCAGGGGCUAUGGAAACAGAUUACCCUUCAGGAGACACCACCAAAACUGACUCUGAAUCCUGCCCAGCAGAUAAAUCUUCCUUAUCUGAGAGUCUCCAGAGCAGCGGCUCGUCUGGAACGGACAAUGUUGCUGUAGGAGUAAAAGUGUCCUCUGGAGAUGAUGUAGAAAUUUCUGUAACACAGGUCCCAAAUAUUGUUUCUCCAGAGACUGAAACUAAUUCAGUUGUAGAUCCCGACACCGCAAAUAGUGAACUGGAUGACAAUGUACUGACAGCAGAGGAAGCAACGGAAGCCACAGAGGUUGGAGUUGGUUCGUCGGAUGAUGUUGCUGACAUUUCUCAAACCGGAAUCUAUACUGAACAUGUCUUCACAGACCCUCUGGGUGUCCAGAACACUUCAGAGGACACGUCAGGAUGCCCGCUGAGCGAUGACAGCGACUUGUAUAAAGAUGGUGUAGCCACUUUACCCACUGACCAGGACCUGAUGAGAGAAGAAGCGCAAAAAAUGAACAGCUUGUUACCCACAAUGUGGCUCGGAGCACAGAAUGGACACCUUUAUGUUCAUUCUUCUGUCGCUCAGUGGAAGAAAUGUCUCCUCACUAUAAAACUGAAGGAUUCGAUUCUCAGUAUUGUCCACGUGAAGGGGAUCGUUCUAGUUGCUUUAGCCGAUGGGACCUUGGCUAUAUUCCAUAGAGCGGUCGACGGGCAGUGGGACCUGUCCAAUUAUCACCUGCUUGAUUUUGGCCGCCCCCACCACUCUAUCCGAUGCAUGACUGUUGUCCACGAAAAGGUCUGGUGCGGAUACAGAAACAAAAUUUAUAUUGUGCAUCCAAAAACAAUGAAAAUCGAGAAAUCCUUUGAUGCACAUCCAAGGAAAGAAAGUCAAGUCAGGCAAUUGGCAUGGGUUGGAGAUGGAGUCUGGGUUUCUAUUCGAUUGGAUUCCACACUCCGUCUGUACCACGCACACACUUAUCAACAUUUACAAGAUGUGGACAUUGAACCAUAUGUUAGUAAAAUGCUGGGAACUGGGAAGCUUGGGUUCUCGUUUGUGAGAAUAACCGCUCUUAUGGUAUCAUGUAAUCGACUUUGGGUCGGGACAGGGAAUGGAGUGAUUAUUUCAAUCCCUCUGACAGAAACCAUAAUACUGCACCAGGGCCGGUUACUUGGGUUGCGGGCUAACAAAACGUUGCCAGGUAGCGGGAGUCGUCCAGGGAGCGUCAUAAGGGUAUAUGGCGAUGAGAACAGCGACAAAGUAACACCAGGCACUUUCAUACCGUAUUGUUCAAUGGCUCAUGCCCAGCUUUGUUUCCAUGGACAUCGAGAUGCUGUCAAAUUUUUUGUGGCAGUACCAGGGCAGGUUAUUUCUUCAUCCGGUGAGAUUAAUCCUGAAAUUUUGGGAGAAAAAGGGGCCUCCUCUCAGCAAGACCUCUCCAGUCCCAGCCAGAAGUCCAUGCUGGUGAUGAGUGGAGGGGAAGGGUACAUUGAUUUCAGAAUGGGGGAUGACUGUGGUGAAUCAGAACCUUUAGAUGACUCGUUACAAUUUGAACCAUCUGUGACCAAAGUUGAAAGGAGUCACCUUAUUGUUUGGCAGGUCAUGGGCAGCAGUGAGUGAAAAAAAGGAUGACGCUCUCGAAAUACUCUGCAUGAUUUUAUUUUUUAUUAUAUAUAUUUUUUUUUUGUACUCUUUAAUCAGACAUUUUAACAUUUCGACUCUGUGUCAACCACAUGAUUCAUGCAAUCUUGUUGGAAGCCAUCAUUCGGCCAUAAGACGGCAUGUCGCUAUCCCGUGAGUUUUCAUCCACCACUCUCUAGCCGACACACCUGCUAACACUCGUUCCUAUUCGCACAGCAGUAAAAGGGACUCACUGACUCCUCGUCUUUUAACCUGUUCAGCUCGUGUAAAAUAACUGGUGGUUGUUCAAAUGGUUAUAUAAACUGUUUUUGUUUUUCUUAAAGCAACCAAGCGAGCAUUUAAAGUCUGUAAGUUUCUUUGCUGAACAUGCAGAAGAACAGCUGCAAAUUUGAAAAGAAAAUUUGGAUUUGAGAGGCAUGUAACUUUGUUUUAUAUUCAGUUGGCUGGUCCUUUUUGCACAUAAACAAGUAGGGAGUGAUACUUUAUGUUAACCUAAUGGAUAAAAAGAAAAAAGAAAAAAAAUCUUUUGUCAAAUUUUUGCUGACAAUUUCAAUGUUCCUUUCUCUAUACGAAAUCAGUAAUGGGAAAGAGAGGCACUCCAUUUUAAAGGCAGGUUUAAUGGCGGGUGCAAUUGGCUUGAAGAUCUGUUACUGUGUCUACAUCAAAGAAAGAGGUUGGGCCAGCAUGUCUUAUAAGUCCAGGUUUCAAUUAGUGAACUAUUUUAAAAAACAACAACUUUAUUAUAACCAAUUCCUAUAAAAUACAAAGGAAUACUGCAGAGUACAAGGAGAGGAGUACUGGUCUUGUGCAUGUUUUAUAUGUGUGCAGACUUUGAGAUGCAAGCAGAGUAACAUAUAUCUGGUAUAUUUGAAUCCAUGCUGGGGGAGGCAGAAUCUGCCGAUCCAAAGAUGUGGUUUGAGAGAGAGCAUUUAAAUGGUAGAUAGUAUUACCUAUCUUUUAUCUUUGCGUUCCACAGUUAUUUAAAGAGCAACAGAUAAAAUGUUGUGCUGAUCAAAGACGUUCCAAACAUUCUACAAAUAACUUUUCUUUUGCUGCUGCAAAAAAAAAUCUAUUUAAAAAAAAAAGCACUGAACGACCGAUCUUACAGCAUUGCUUUGUAGACACAUAUGCUCUGUUUUACUCAGAAUUGAUGGGGAUUGUAAAGGGAUAGUGUUUCUGAAUUCCUUUUUAUUCUGCUAAUAGUCUCUGUUCAUUGGGCGAAAGGGUCAACACAUGUUUAUAUUAGCAGGUAAUUAAAAAAAAAAAUCAUUAUCUAGUUGGUUUUUGACUGAUGGGGUAGCAUCAUAUGAGUCUGUACACCUAAUAGACAUAGCUUGCAGUCUGUCAGGAGAGUAACCUUUUUGGGUAAAUGGCUCAGGAUGUUGGAUCAGAUGCAGGUAUGUUCACAAGCUGUGGCUACACGCCGUCAAGUGCUGGAAAUGGAUACGAGGUAAUGACCGACUCCAUUCAAUUAGAUCUAAUAUUGGUUUGGUUGUUUUUUUUUGUUUGUUUUUUUAAUACAAACAGGUUAUCUAACUACAGUAAUAGAGAAAGUGUUAUACUAACCGCUCUCUGUUGGGUAAGUGAUGGUAAAAACCCAAAACACACUGCAUUUUUCUUAAACCUCCUUUUAAAAUAACUUUUGAUUCUAUAAAAGCAACAGAAUUAACAUUUAAAUGUCAGUGGCUCUUUUAAAUAUACCACCUCUAUAUAACGCAGUUUAAAAAA